UCCACCACCUCCCUCAUUCCCGUCUUCCUCCUCGCGUUCCUCUUGUCCGUUCGCUGACGCCGGCUGCCGCUUUGGCUCAGUCGCACCGCCGAUAGGGCCUCAGUCCAGGCUGCUUGCCCACGCAUCGCCGGCUCCUUGCAGCGCAGCGCCGCUCAGGCUCGGCCCGACGGUCCCUCAGCGCAGAUCUUCUGCUCCUUCCCCCACUCGCGCUCAGUGGCGCUCAGGCUCGGUCCCUCAGCGACGGAGGGGCAGUCCCAGGCUCGGCGGCGGCGUCGGCGGCUCCCCCUCGCUCCUCUCGCCAGUCGCCUCGCGCCCUCGCCUCCGUCCUCCGCGCACCGGCCGUCGACUCUGCUUUAUGUUGACCUAGGAUCAGAUAACCUGAAACAAUGGAUACCCUUCAUAGCGACCCUUAUUCCAGGAGCAGCUUGCAACUACAAGUUAGGGAUGGCUCCAUGUCCUUUGAGAACAACAGCACUGUUUUGGAUAAGCACGAGGUUGUCAGCCCUCGAGUUGGCAUGACCUUUGAGACGGUUGAUCUGGCAUAUCAAUUCUACCUAGAGUAUGGCUAUCGUGCAGGCUUUGGGGUCUCAAAGAGGACUUCCCACAGUGUUGAUGGGGUUAAGUACCGUGCUACAUUUGUUUGUUACAAAGGUGGCAUUGCUAGGAUUAAGCCUGGCCUCAAAGCUCGAAGGAGGCUUGUUGCAAAGACUGGUUGCAAAGCAAUGAUGGUAGUGAAGUUUAAUGCCAGUGAGAACCACUGGGAAGUGGUUUUUGUUGAGUUGGAACAUAACCACCCAUGCAAUCCUGAGAUGGUCAGAUUCAUGAUGUGCUUUAAAGAUCUUCCUGACUGGCAAAGGGAGCACCGCCCAUUCAAUGCCAAAACUCGAUUGAACCCGAAGAUUCACUCUGGUAGAGGCAGGCCACCCAACCAAAACAAAGAUUUCAUGGUGAAAUCCUUCUCCCAGUCAAAUUAUUCCAUUGAUGGGGCAGGGAAGACUGGAAAGUUGAGGUUUGCAGAGGGUGAUGUUGAGGCACUCUUAGUUUUCUUUGAUAAGAUGCAAGCUCAAAACUCCAACUUCUUCUACAACUGGGACAUGGAUGAUGAAGGUCGGCUCAAGAAUGUUUGCUGGGUUGAUGCUAGAUCCAGAGUCGCAUAUCAACAUUUUUGUGAUGUUAUUUGCUUUGAUACUGUCUAUUUGACAUAUCAGUUUGUCAUUCCAUUGGUCGCGUUUCUGGGAAUCAACCAUCAUGGGCAGUUUGUGUUGUUAGGAUGUGGUUUACUUGGAGACGAGUCUCCAGAGACUUUCGCAUGGUUAUUCAAAAAAUGGCUAAAAUGUAUGAAUGAUAAAGCACCGGAAGCAAUUGUUACAACUCAUUCAAGGCCAGUAGUCAAAGCUGUCAGUGAAGUAUUUCCAAAUACUCGGCACAGAUACAACCUUUGGCAUAUAAUGAAAGAACUUCCUGAAAUGUCUGGAAGAGUUGAGGAUAAAGAAGCAGUCAGUCUGAGAAUGAAAAAAGUAGUCUAUGAUACAAUUACAUCAGCUGAUUUUGAGAGGGAGUGGGUUGAAAUGAUCAAUCAAUAUAAUCUUCAUGAUAACCAGUGGCUUACAACCUUGUUUGAAGAGAGGGCAAAAUGGGUACCAGCAUAUGUAAAGGAUACUUUCUGGGCUGGUAUCUCCACUGUUCGUCGUAGUGAACGAUUGGAGGCCUUUUUUGAUGGAUAUAUUACACCAGAAACCACAAUAAAGACGUUCAUUGAACAAUUUGAUACUGCUAUGAAGCUCAGGUCUGAUCGAGAAGCCUAUGAUGAUUUCCGUUCAUUUCAACAAAGGCCACAAGUCCUGUCUGGUCUUCUGUUUGAGGAGCAAUUUGCAAAUGUUUAUACAAUAAAUAUGUUCCAGAAAUUCCAGGAUCAGUUGAAGCAGCUGAUGAAUGUGAAUUGUACUGAAGUCAGUAGGAAUGGCUCAAUAGCGACAUACACGGUAACAGUGAUUGGAAAGGAAAGGAAGUUUGACUACAGAGUGAUGUAUAACAGUGCUGAGAAAGAAGUGUGGUGCAUCUGUAGGUCAUUCCAGUUUAAAGGUAUUUUGUGUAGCCAUGCUCUUGCUGUCUUGAAGCAAGAGCUUGUGAUGCUAAUACCUCCCAAAUAUAUUCUUGAUCGAUGGCGGAAGGACUACAAAUGCCCCGAGGAACCUAAGGAAACCCCCAUUUCACCGAAAGCUGCAAAAGAUACAGGGAAGGGCUCAAACCCAGAAAACAUCCGGGAAGAUCAAGCGGACAAUCUCUACAAGCAUGGACACCAGUACUUCGCUGACAUUGUGGAAAUGGGAGCUACUGACCCUGAUGCUAUGGAGUAUGUCCUUUCUGUGAUGAAAGAAGCUAAAGAGAAAGUGCGCAAGUUUGAGGAGUCUCGAAAAGAGAAAAGGCCUGGAGAGAGCCCAGUUUCUGCUGGUAAAAGAGUUGCAAAGUUUUCAAAGCCAUCCACAGAAGAAGUUGGCAAUGGAACAUCAGUAUCGACUCCGACUGAAGCAGUGGCUUCAGUCACAGUGGUUUCAUCUGCUCCAAUGGCGGCAGCCCCAACAAUGAUGGCUAUGGCGCCACCUUCAGCAGCUGUAGCCCCAGGAAUGUUUUUAGUACCAAUGCAUCCUCAUCCCUUGGUGUUCCCACCCUUUCCCCCUGCAGUUCCACCAGCAGUAGCUCCUGUAGCCCCACCUGCUGCACCAGCAACCAAUGUUGCCUCCAACACCUCAAAGAAGCGAAAGAAAAGAAAGGUGAAUAAUUGAUCUUCUGAUGCUAUUGAACUGAUCUAAAACAAGAUAUGAUCGGUGAAGUACAAAAAGAGUUUGAUCUCAUACUACGCAUCAGGCCUUUGGCAUGAGAGUGGGCUAUCGAUUUAUCUCUUCUGCGGGUUUGGUCUUUCGAGAAAAUUCUCUUCUGCGGGUUGUGCUACCCAUGAGACUGCCUACUGCAUAUUCCUGCGGUUGUUCUUUCGAGAAAAGUCUCUUCUGCGGCUUCAGCUAGACACUGCUGCGGCUGAGGCAGUUAGUCUAAGGUAAUGUUGUGAUCAAAAGAUGCAGCAAACAGGCAUGCAUUUGGCCUGAGCAUACUUUACUGAUCUCAACUAAUGUAGAUUACUAGAUUAGAUUGCCUGUAAUGUACAUUAUCGCCCUCAGGCCUCGGUGCCGGAAGUAAUCUAACAUGUAGUCCAGUUUAUAUGAAUGUAAAGAUCCAUUUAUGACUA